AUGGCCCUUAUAUUAAGAAACAUAUGGUACAGAAGAAACAGGAUGGUUUUUGAAAAUAAAUUCUUGAGUCCAACUAGCAUUGUUCAAAUGUCUUUAUCAGGUUAUGAGGAUAUAAAAUUGGCUCGAGAAAGGAGGGAGGAAUAUGGCUUUCAAGCAGCUAAUAAUGUGGAUUCAAGGAGAGGCAGAGGCUGGAAAAAACCAGAAGGUAAACAGCUGAAGGUAAACUUUGAUGCAGUAUUAAAAGAGUCUACAAAGAAGUUGGGCCUUGGGGUGAUCAUAAGGGAUUGCAGAGGGGAAGUUUUUGCAGCAGCAAGUUUAAGAAGAACAUUGAGCUAUGGGGCCUAUGGGGCUGAAUGCACUGCUUUGUGGGAAGCUAUGAUUCUGUGUGAAGAACUGGGAAUAGGCGAGGUCAUCUUUGAAGGUGAUGCAAAAAUUGUUAUAGAUGCAGUUAGUAGUGGGGAGAGAGAUGACUCUAGCCUUGGUCACCUGGUAGAGAACUUGCAGCAGAAACUGAAUUCACAUUCAAGGUGGAAGUUAGCUUUUAUCCAUAGGGAAGGAAAUGAAGUAGCCCAUCAAUUAGCUAAACUAGCUUUACAUGGGGAAAAUGAUAUGUACUGGGUAGAGGAAGGCCCUGAGGCCAUUACAAGUCAAUUGAGUAUAGACAAAAUGUAUAGAGAACUUGUUACUAUAUGA